UGAUGCGGUGUCGCUGUCGCGCUCACACAUGGCGCAGCGAAAUGCGGGCGCGCGGUGUCGCCGUCGUCGUCAUUGCCCAGCCCGAUCAUGUAUUCAUGUCGACGAAAACGAGGAGAAAAGCGCACGACCAGGCUGCCGCCCAAUCCGCCGUGCAUCCCACGACGGCGAGCCAACUCCAUCCGCCCGAGAACGACUCCACCAACGUUCCGGUAUAAAAUCCAUGGCGCGCCAGUGGCCCCGAGCGAGCAGGACCAAAGCCCUAUCCAGCUGUUCACUUGCCGCGUGCUGUCUACUCACUUGCCUGGUCCUGUCGGUAGCUAACCACAUCGUCCCGUGCCUGGCUGGCAAUGGCGGACGCUCCGGUGGCACACCAGGUGGCGGCGGCGGCAGCGAUGGGCGCCCAGGAUCUUGAGCAGCAGCAGCAGCAGCAGCGGAGGCGGCGCUCGCGGGCGUCCAGCGAGUACCUGGGCGUGCGGCGGCGGCCGUGGGGCCGGUACGCGGCGGAGAUCCGCAACCCAGUCACCAAGAAGCGCCGCUGGCUGGGGACCUUCGACACCGCCGAGGAGGCCGCCGUCGCCUACGACCUCUCCGCCAUCUCCAUCUCCGGGCCCGCCGCCGCGCGCACCAACUUCUACUACCCGUGCGGCGCCGACCUAGAACUCGGCGCGGCGGGCGCGGCCACCGCAUUGCACUCCCAGCAGCAGCCGCCGCCGCCGCCUUACGGUCCUGUCCAGGUCGCGCCGCCGCCGUCACCGCUGGCCGAGGGGAGCGGCAGCACCGUUGAUGAUUAUGAAUGGCAGCAGCUCUCGGCGGAUGAGGAGGUCGACGACGACGAGUCCUUGACGAUCGCCGCCAUCCUGCAGAGCUUCCGGCAUCAGACCGCUCCGUCGGCGCCCUCUGCUCCUCUGUACUUGCUGUGA